CUACCUAAUGUCAAAAAAAGUCAGCUGUCAUUCAUCAUAACCUCAAAAAUACCAUAUAUUUACGGGGCAGUGUUUUUGCGUAAAUAAACAACAAAUCCGUGUGAUAGCUACUAAAAAUCCUAGUAUUCAUUAAAUAAAUCAACCAAAUAUGUUACCAUUAUCGCUAUUACGAACGGCUCAAAACCACCCAAUGUUGGUGGAGUUGAAGAAUGGCGAAACAUACAACGGCCAUUUAGUUUCUUGUGAUAAUUGGAUGAAUAUCAACCUCAGAGAAGUGAUCUGCACGUCGCGGGACGGAGACAAGUUCUGGAGGAUGCCAGAAUGCUACAUUCGGGGCAGUACGAUCAAAUAUUUGAGGAUUCCUGACGAGGUGAUAGACAUGGUGAAAGAAGAUACGCAGAUUAAAGCAAGAGGGCGAAGCGAGGUGUCCAAGGGCCGUGGUGGAGGCCAGAACAUGAGGACUGGUGGCCGAGGGACCGGCAGAGGCGCUUUCGGCAACCGCGGGCGACCAGGACCCCUAAACAGAGGUGGCGGGAACGCAGGCCGCAAUCCACAGAAUAAAAAUAAAAAAUAAUGUAGGUUUUUCGCUGUAAUA